AUGUAUCUUAAUUUACAAGCACAUCCAGAUAAUGGUCUAGUUAAUCAUUCACCUACAUCAUCCAUGCCAUUAGUGACUUAUGUGCAUAUUGCAAACAAUACAACAGUGUCAAUUGAUAUACCAAUGAAUGACAGUGAUGGAGAUAUGAUUCGAUGUCGUUUUGCAAAAUCAAAUAAUAUAUUAGGUGGAAUUCUUGUAAAUGAAUGUCAAGAUGCCUGCUCCACUAUAGCACUUCCACCAUCGGCACAAUUUAUAUCAAUAAAUGAUACAUACAGAUUGAAUGUCAACCUAACAUCUCCUGGUACCUAUGCAAUAGCAAUUCAAUUCGAAGAUUUUCUUGAAAACUCUACUGAUAUACUUAGUUCAAUACCAUUUCAAUUUAUUUUAAUAGUAGUUAAUGAACUAAGUGGGACAUCAAAUGAUUGUACUUACUUGCCGACAACUAUCGAUAUCCAACCUGAUUCUCCUUCGUGUGAUUCUAUUCUCACUGUUCAAAUGAAUAUUCAAUAUACGUUUACAGUUAUUGCUAAAAUAGCUUGCUUAAAUAAUACAAAAGCAUCUAUUACAAAUUUUAUGACAUCAAGUCCACAAGGCAUGCUCAAAGGAGAUAAUAUAUAUCCACUGACAUCAACAUCAUAUGCUAUCAAUCAUACUUGGAUACCAACUGGUGAUCAAUUGCAUCAGACAUUAAUUUUUUGCACCAUUGCAAUUGAUAGUCAAUUCUAUUCAUCGAAUCAAUAUUGUUUCUAUUUAUUUGUUGAAAAUCAAACCAAACUAACAUCAAAUGAGUCAAUAGCGUCCGAUUCAAAAUCAGUUGCGGUAGUGACACUGAACCAAGUAACACCACAAUCUAGGUUUGGAGUAGCUCUCACUUCUGACACUACAACCACAACCACUGAAACAACAACAACCACUGUGACAACAACAACCACUGUGACAACAACAACCACUGAGACAACCACAACAACUGAAACAACAACAACCACUGAAACAACAACAACCACUGAGACAACAACGACUACGGAAACAACAACAUCAACAACAUCAACAACAACAACUUCAACUACCACUACAACAUCAACAUCAACAUCAACAUCAACAACUUCAACCACCACAACAGCAACAUCAACAACAACAACUUCAACUACCACUACAACAUCAACAACAUCAACAACGACAACAACAACAUUUACUACCACUUCAACUAAACCCCCCAUAUUAGUACACUGA